AUGCAGCAAGUUCCCUCGGGGAGCCUGUCCGGCCCAGGGAGCCAGCAUAGCUCGGACAAGUUCGAUAUGGAUAGCAUGUCUUCAGCUGGUUUUAGCCGAUCGGGAUGGAGCAGCCAGGGGACGUCGACGCCCGUGAACGAGGAGCAGGAUGAGGUGCCGGUGCGAGACGAGAUGGAGGAGAAGGGGAGCCACCCGAUCGUAGAGGAGAAGAAAGAGCCGCUAGUCCUGCUGGCCUCCGACGAGCCUCCCAAACCGGCUGAUCUUGAGAAGGACGCGACGAUCUUCCUGUCAGAGACUGAGACCUUCUUUCUCUUCGAGAUCCCCUCCAGCUGCGUGGCUGACGACGAUCCCCAGCUGGAGGCCGUGAAGGAGGUCAACGCUAAGUACCAGGAGCUGGUCAAGUCCAAGGCAGGGCAGGACAAGUACAGCGAUAGAGCCAUGCAGACUCUGAACAUGGCGUUGAAGAAUAAGGACGCGCAGGCGACUCCUGCUACCACGGUCAGCGUUGGAGUGGACGUGACGAACUACGAGAUUCAUGACGCGAUCCUGGCGCUGGAGGACAAGACGGAGGAGGAGGACGAAGAGAUCAUGCGCUCAAUGGCGAGCAAUAGCAAGGGAGCGAACAGCUCGGACGGUCUGAGCGCGAUUGACGCUCUGUUAGGAGGGAACUCAGAUAUGUCGAGAGAGGAAGAGAGGAUAAUGUCGUCGAAGAGCUUCAAAGACUCGCUCAUGUCGUUGGAGAGGAUUGUUAUGCAGAAUUUGUACCACGAGAGGCAGCUCAAGUAUCGGAACCUGCUGCCCCCGGAGGUCCCCAAGGCCGAGGAGGAAGGGGAGGAGGAGGUUGUACGGGACUCCUUGCUGGGACCCUCGUUUGACGUGCGCCUGCAGAGGAAGAAGCUCGAGUUCCUUUGGUGCUUCGAGUGUGAGCUGAGCAGGUGA